AUGUCGUCCAAUAAGCGGGGCAACAUUUUCGACCAGGGGAGGCCCGAAAACCCCUACGAAGAUCGCGAUGAUGUCGCGGAUGUGCCCCAGAAGGCGACGGCAGCACAGCUGGCAGCCCGCAAAAUCAAGACCGCGAAAGCCCGACGACCAGCAGGCGCCACCUCCGGUCUAUCACAGAGCGCAAACUUCGGCGCACCACAACAAAACGCCUUUGGCUUCGGUGCCUCAACGUCCGCCCCUACGAACAACGGCGCAAACGGUUUCGGCGGCAACAAUGCCUUCGGCGGCGGCGCGACUAACAGCUUCCCACCCGCCCAGUCCGCUGCCCCGAGCAACAACUUCGCUGCCUCGUCCUUUCCAGCGUUCGGAGGAAGCAACCAGGGCACAGGCUUCAACCCCACACCACCCUCGGCGGCGGGCUUCAACUUCACAGCUGGAGGUGCAAACCCUUUCGCGACGGCCAACUCGGGAUCCGCGACCAAUGGCAGCACGCCUGCGCCCGCGUUCGGAGGAUCCAAUCCCUUUGGCGGCCUAGGCCAAAACAAUACCACAAGCGCAGCCUCAUCAGGCGGCAUGUUCGGUGCUACCAGUUCAGCUCCCACAGGCGGCAUGUUUGGAACAUCGAGUGCGGCACCAUCAUCAGGAGGCAUGUUCGGUACAUCCACCGCCGCUUCUUCCGGCGGUAUGUUUGGUACAUCCAGCGCUGCGACCUCGGGUGGUAUGUUUGGUACAUCGAGUGCUGCCCCCGGUGGCAUCACCGCCGCUCCCGCAUCCACACCCUUCACAUUCGGUGCCGCAGCGACGACAGCCUCGAACACCACGAGUACGCCGGCGACAAGCGGUAUCUUCAGCGGAUUUGGCAACUCAACACAAUCAACGGCGCCUUCACAACCAAGCACGUUCGGUGGCUUUGGUGCCAAUGCGCAGAAGGAAGAUGCUCCCAAGCAGGCGGCUGUGCCCCAAAACAACAUGUUUGGUGGCUUCGGUUCCAACGCACAAAAGACGGAGGGCUUGGGUACGAGCGCGCAAGGCACGCCAAAUGCGACGGCGACGGCGACCGCUCCUGUCUCGAAUCUGUUCAACUUCGGCGCAAAUGCGCAGAAGUCUGACAGCACGACCAAUCCGUUCGCAAACCUCCCGACCGCCGAAAACAAGUCUUCUGGGGCAGCUGCACCAACAAGCAUGUUCAGCAGCCUCAAGAAACCUGAAGAGUCUGGCAGCAGCCUUCCUGCCGAUACCCCCAAGUCCAACCCUUCAGGUUUCAGCAUAUUUGGUGCCAAUAAGGAUACGGGCGCAGCAACACCGUUCUCCACACCACAGCCAGCGAAGACAACCGACGUGGAGAAGUCUCAAGGUGGCAUGUUCACUGCUGCUCAACCCAAAACUAGCUCUGGCCUCUUCUCCCAAACGUUCCAGCCCGAGAGCAACAACUCCAGCAAUUUGUUCCAAAAGCCACAGUCAAGCUUUCCCCCUUCAUCGACCUCAGCUUCCAAUCCCUUUGCCUCUUUGCCCAAACCUUCGACAGAUCGUCCCAACUUGUUCAGCGCUUCAAAGGAACCCUCGCAAUCCUCCCCUGCGCCGGCCACAUCGAUCUUCAACGAAAUGCCCAAGGUUCCCAAGGUGCACGUUCCCAAAGAUUGGGCUGUACCAGGUGCCAUAUCCGAUCUGACCGCUCAACUGCAAAUGUUGAACGAAAAGUACCGACAACAGCUGAGCAACCUUCCUCCCACGGCAGACUGGUCAAGCGUGUCGCUUUGGCACUACCAGCAUGCGGUCGACAUUAAGAAGAAGAUCGACAACGUGAAGAAGCAACGUGCAGCCGGACGAGGUAUCACCGGCAAUGAAUCAAGCCUAUCCACCAAGCGCAAGGUCAACGAUGAUAGCCACGAAGUCCGUGAUCCAUCCCCUUCCAAGCGAGCUCGUGCCACAGAAGCAUCUGCUGGUCCGACUCCCCAGCUCUCGGCUUCUACACCGAAGCUCAGUGCCCCAGCCACGGCGACAUCAAACAUGUUUGCCAAGGCGAUCGGAAACAAGCCCUCUACACCUGCGCCAGCUUCAUCGGCAAGCCUGUUCGCUCCAAAGACAGCUGAAAAGCCCGCCACCGAGCCCUCGCAACCAGCUGCAUCGACUACCGGUUUCGGUUUUAAGCCCUCAAUUCCCGCUACUAACGGUGCAGAAACUGCGGCAGCCUCGUCUGGCUUCAAGCCAAGCUUCGGUGCUUCCUCCACUAGUACAUCAGGCUCUACUGGCUUCAAGCCGAACUUUGGCAGUGCUCCGGCAGGCGGCUUCAUGGCUCAGUUCACCAAGACCGCAAAGACUUACGAGGAGCUUGCCGCAGAACGCAAGAAGAAGGCUAUGGAUGAGGACUACGACUCGGACGAUGAGACCAAAGAGGAGUGGUCUGCCAGGUACGACAAGGCUGAGGCUGAGCGUCUCGCCAAGGAGAAGGAGAUUGCUGCCUCGACUAAAUUUGUGUUACCUGGUAGUACUUCUGGGAGUACUUCACCCAAGGAAAAUCCGUUCACUGGGCUUUUGAAGCCUAAGAGCGGAGUUUCCACUCCCAAAGCUCCCAGCCCGGCGCCGUCUACAGGCAGUCAAUCGAUUUUCAACGCCUCCAACUCGCAAGCAUCAUCCCCAAAUAUCUUCGGCCACCUAUCAGGUCCGUCCUCCAGCAACCAGGAAGAGUCGGAUGACGACGACGGCGAACAACAAGACAAUACUGAUUCAGUAGAGCCGCCUUCGCCUCCGAAGCGCUCGGUCGAUCACAAGCAGCAGGAGUCAAGUUCUAAGGGCAGCUUGUUUUCAAGGAUCACCAGGGACAACGAUUCCGAGGCAGAGAAGGAGAACAGCGGCGCCUCCUCUCUGUUCGGGCAGAGUAACGGUACUACAACUCCUUCCAACAAACCCUUCCAGUUCUUCGAUUUCGGUGCUGCAUCAAAGACCGCGCCGCCGAAGACCGACACGUUCGCCGGCGAUCAGACUUUCAAGGCGGGUACUCCGAUCAAGUUCGGCGGAGCUCCUGCUACUGAGAAGAAGGACGCUGCACCCAAAUUCAGCUUCCAGCCUGCUACACCUGGUGCUGGCGAGUUCUCCACAACGCCGGCGAAACCACCACCCAGCUCGAUCUUCAAUUUCGCCCCGUCCACAGGUGGAUCUUCGCUUUUCGCUCCAUCAGGCGGCAACUCUGUGACAUCGUCUGUAUUCUCUUCGCGCGCAAACACGCCUCUCUCUGAAGCUGGCGAUACCAGUGCCGCGUCUGCAGCAGAAGAUGACGAAGACGGCGGUAAGCAAGAACAGAUUGACUUGACCAAGUUGACUGAGGAUGAGCUCAACACUUACGACAUUGUCUUCCACACCGAAGUCGUACUCGCCAAGCACCAGGAGGGAGAAAAGGGCUGGACGAACAUCGCAAAGGGCCCGCUCUGGAUCCUCAAGGACAAGCAGACGGGCAAGUGCUCUGUGCGAGUGCGCAUCCCGAGCGGUGCCACCCCAGUCAACUACCAGAUACUACCAGCGCUGCCUGCCACUGUCACUGGCGGUAGCAAGAAGAUGGUCAUGGCGACCAAGCCUGCCAAGGAAGGCGGACUCCAGUCUGUUCUUUACGCAGUCAAGACGCCUGAGAUUGCACAGGAACUCGCAGCGAAGUACACAGAGUGCGUACCUAAAUCGCAGUAA